AUGCCUCGGUUGGCGUUCUCUCUGGAGCGCACGGACCUCCCUGUGGACCUCCCUGUGGACCUCCCUGUGGACCUCCCUGUGGACCUCCCUGUGGACCUCUCUGUGGACCUCCCUGUGGACCUCUCUGUGGACCUCCCUGUGGACCUCCCUGUGGACCUCUCUGUAGACCUCCCUGUGGACCUCCCUGUGGACCUCUCUGUGGACCUCCCUGUGGACCUCCCUGUGGACCUCUCUGUGGACCUCCCUGUGGACCUCUCUGUAGACCUCCCUGUGGACCUCCCUGUGGACCUCUCUGUGGACCUCCCUGUGGACCUCCCUGUGGACCUCUCUGUGGACCUCCCUGUGGACCUCUCUGUGGACCUCUCUGUAGACCUCUCUGUGGACCUCCCUGUGGACCUCCCUGUGGACCUCCCUGUGGACCUCUCUGUGGACCUCCCUGUGGACCUCCCUGUGGACCUCUCUGUGGACUUCCCUGUGGACCUCUCUGUGGCCAUCCCUGUGGACCUCCCUGUGGACCUCCCUGUGGACCUCCCUGUGGACCUCUCUGUGGACCUCCCUGUGGACCUCUCUGUGGACUUCCCUGUGGACCUCUCUGUGGCCAUCCCUGUGGACCUCCCUGUGGACCUCCCUGUGGACCUCACUGUGGACCUCCCUGUGGACCUCUCUGUGGACCUCUCUGUGGACCUCUCUGUGGACCUCUCUGUGGACCUCCCUACCUCUCUGUGGACCUCCCUGUGGACCUCUCUGUGGACCUCCCUGUGGACCUCUCUGUGGACCUCUCUGUGGACCUCUCUGUGGACCUCUCUGUGGACCUCUCUGUGGACCUCCCUACCUCUCUGUGGACCUCUCUGUGGACCUCCCUGUGGACCUCCUUGUGGACCUCUCUGUGGACCUCCCUGUGGACCUCCCUGUGGACCUCCCUGUGGACCUCUCUGUGGACCUUCCUGUGGACCUCUCUGUGGACCUCUCUGUGGACCUCCCUGUGGACCUCUCUGUGGACCUCCCUGUGGACCUCCCUGUGGACCUCUCUCUGUGGACCUCCCUGUGGACCUCCCUGUGCACCUCCCUGUGCACCUCCCUGUGGACCUCUCUGUGGACCUCCCUGUGGACCUCCCUGUGGACCUCCUUGUGGACCUCUCUGUGGACCUCCCUGCGGACCUCUCUGUGGACCUCCCUGUGGACCUCCCUGUGGACCUCUCUGUGGACAUCUCUGUGGACCUCCCUGUGGACCUCCCUGUGGACCUCUCUGUGGACCUCCCUGUGGACCUCUCUGUGGACCUCUCUGUGGACCUCCCUGUGGACCUCUCUGUGCACCUCCCUGUGGACCUCUCUGUGGACCUCUCUGUGGACCUUCCUGUGGACCUCCCUGUGGACCUCUCUGUGGACCUCUCUGUAGACCUCCCUGUGGACCUCCCUGUGGACCUCUCUGUGGACCUCCCUGUGGACCUCCCUGUGGACCUCUCUGUGGACCUCCCUGUGGACCUCUCUGUGGACCUCUCUGUGGACCUCCCUGUGGACCUCUCUGUGGACCUCCCUGUGGACCUCUCUGUGGACCUUCCUGUGGACCUCCCUGUGGACCUCUCUGUGGACCUCUCUGUGGACCUCUCUGUGGACCUCUCUGUGGACCUCUCUGUGGACCUUCCUGUGGACCUCCCUGUGGACCUCCCUGUGGACCUCUCUGUGGACCUCCCUGUGGACCUCCCUGUGGACCUCCCUGUGGACCUCUCUGUGGACCUCCCUGUGGACCUCCCUGUGGACCUCUCUGUGGACCUCCCUGUGGACCUCUCUGUAGACCUCUCUGUGGACCUCUCUGUGGACAUCUCUGUGGACCUCUCUGUGGACCUCCCUGUGGACCUCUCUGUGGACCUCUCUGUGGACCUCUCUGUGGACCUCCCUGUGGACCUCUCUGUGUUCUGA